CUCCAUCCAACCUUCAAUUCCACCUCUUUUUCUGCCAUUGCUCAUUGAAAUGUUGGCUUCACUUAGGGCAUCGCGGAGGGUCUCCUCCCAGUUCCUGCCAUCCACGCUUCCCCGCAUUGUCCGGUCUUACUCCUCCUCCACCACAUACGAGCAUAUCAUUGUAUCAACACCAAAACCUGGGGUUGGUUUAGUGACUUUCAACCGACCAAAAGCCCUCAAUGCACUCUGCUCGCCCCUCAUCGUCGAGCUCAACGGAGCUCUAAAGGACCUUGACUCAAGCAAAGAAAUCGGCGCAAUCGUAAUAACAGGGUCCGAACGAGCAUUCGCAGCUGGUGCCGAUAUUAAGGAAAUGAAGGACUUGACCUUCUCCGCCGCCUACGGCACCGACUUCAUCGAAAUGUGGUCCGACUUGACCGUCCGCGUCAAGAAGCCCAUUAUUGCUGCCGUCAAUGGCUACGCCCUCGGUGGUGGCUGCGAGCUCGCCAUGAUGGCUGAUAUCCUAUACUGUUCCACUGGCACCACCUUUGGCCAGCCCGAGAUCAAACUCGGCACAAUCCCAGGCGCGGGAGGCUCACAACGAUUAACAAAGGCGAUCGGGAAGUCAAGGGCUAUGGAAUUGAUCUUGACAGGAAACAACUUCAGCGGGAAGCAGGCUGCUGAGUGGGGACUGGCAGCAAAGGCGUUUGAGACGCCCGACGAGUGUUUGAACGGUGCGAUUAGCACCGCAGAGAAGAUUGCGAGUUAUAGCAAGAUUGCCGUCAAGGCAGGUAAGGAGGUUGUAAAUAAAAGUCAGGACCAAGGUAUCAAAGAGGGUGUGGACUUCGAGAGGAGAGUAUUCCACAGCUUGUUUGGAAGCAAGGACCAGAAGAUCGGUAUGACUGCUUUUGCCACAAAAACGAAGCCGGAAUGGUCCCACGAGUAAUAUACUUAACAAUAAAAUUAUAUCCAAGCUGCC